AUGGCCUCAAAAACUUUUGCCAGUAAAGUUAUCAUGUCAUCCCUGGACUCGAGCUUAACUUUGGUUUCAAUAAUCGGCAAUGGAUCUUUCAUGGCAAUUUUUGUCCGAUUUAAGAAUCUUCGCAAUUUUCCGAACAUUCUUUUCGUUAAUCUUGCGGUGGUAGACUUUCUCAACGCAGUCAUUAAUAUCCCGCUAUAUCUUUUUUCCUUCGUCUGGGAAACCAGCUGGAUGAGAGGAAAAACUUUGGCCGUUAUUUCAUCCUCGUUACACUUGGAAUUUGUUUUGCUUAACAUGGUCUCCAUGUUUGCAAUUAUGCUGGACAGAUUCCUGGCCCUGCGCUUUAGUCUAAAGUACUAUACAUGGAAGACAACAAGUAAAGCUUGUGCAGCUGUGGUCCUCAUUUGGUUGAUCUGUACCGUCCCCACUGCCUUAUCUACAAUUUCUUUGCUGCAAAUGGAUAUGGAAGCUGACACAACGAUGGCAGAGGCUAGGGAGAAAAUUUUUCAACACAGAAAAGAGAUAACUGCAUCUACCAUGGCCGUAUUCAUGGCAGCCUCAACAGUCCUUGGAGCCUUGACCGGUUACACAAUUUACCGAAAUAAGAAAAAGGUAGGAAAAAUAGAUUACGUGUAAGGAUAUAAUUGUGAACACUACAGUAAAACGCCGCGAAGAAGAACCUAGAUUUUUUGAAGUUUGGCAAAAUAGAUUCUUAUAGUUUGGGCACUUAUUGGAAGUUUAGGUUAAAUAGGUUCUUUAUUUUUAUGAAGAAGGAUACUGUUGUUGAUUACAAGAAACUGCUAUAAAUGGUGUUUGUCCUUCAUAACAGGCAUUUAUUUGCCAAAAAUCUAGAAGAUAUGCAGUUUUCAACAACGGUUGUAUACAUUAUACAUACAUUUAUUACAUAAUGACUUUGUAAUAUAAACUUCCCAUAUUUAAGCCAGACUUUUCGUCAAAAUGUUUAUGAAAAUGUAGUCUAACCCCACAUAUAAGAACCUUUUGAUUUUUCUUGGCUAAACUGGUUCUUAUAUUUUGGAGUAUCAAAAUGACAAAUUUCUGCCAGCAGGUUCCAGAGGUUCUUAAAUCCUAGGUUCUUCUGCGUGCCGACACAAAAAGCAAUCUAGUAUAGUAUAAACACCUAAUCUGAUAUGUGACUGUCCACUUUAGAGAUCGGCGCGGAGCAGUUUCGCUCCGUUACAGAAAUCGUUCCGAAGGCACCGUCAUGUGUGUCAACCGAAGGCCUAUCCGAUAUGGUCUUCGUGCCGGCACAAAAGUUAUCCGAUAUUGUGUAAACAUCGCCUAAAUUAAAAUCUGUGGCAAACUUUAGGCGCAGCUGCGCUGUUAAACGGUAGUAUAAAAUUGCUUUUUAAAUAUACGUGUGGUAAUAAACCCUUCACAAUCCAGAUUUUAAAAUUUCAUAAUCAAAUACUUUCCCUUUUCUUGUAGAGAAUGCAGUUGAAUUUACCAAAGCUCCAAGCUGAAGGUCGGGAAAAGCAGGAUAUCAAAGCCACCGUGACUGUUGCUAUGGCUGUGGUAACGUUCUAUGCCUGCUACUUACCAGCAAUUACCUACUCAGUCUGGAGAAGUAACACAAAAUACUUCACGAAACACGUUUGGGUUUCCUUUUUGGUUGCUUUUUGUACGUUUAUUUCAAGCGCUUCCAACCCUGUCAUCUACGUAUUACGAAACAAUAGAUACCGCAAAGCCAUCAGGCAACUGGUAAAAGAUCCUUUUGGGAGCAGCUCGUUUCAAGAGAAGCCAGUCAAAAAUAACAGGGGAGAGAAGAGAAGUCCAGAGCAUGUAUCGAAGCUGAGCAAAGGCGAAGAACCAGGAGUAUCCACCGUACAUGACGAAACUCAUAAUAGAGGCGUCGGACUCAAGUAGAUUAAGGCCUGGGUCAUUACAGAGUUUUCAGAAUUGUUAAAGGGGGUGGUAUAACGUAAAGUAUUUUCAAGACAUCCCAUGACUAACAAUUUAAGGCCAAUCAUAACCAAAAAAUCUUUCAAUUUCAUUUUAAAAAUUGUUUUUAACUGCAUCACGUGACCAGCCACGCCCUGUUUCAUCGAGAAAUCCUUUGAGUGGAAAUUCCCACCAGAAAGAGAGUAAACCGUUUUCCUUCAGUAGGUCCAAAAAGUGGCUACUAACAGUCUUCAUGUUAAAACAAUCGGAAUGAGGCAAGGUCAAUAAACGUCUUUCUUCUGUCGAUAGUUUUAGUUGGAGGAGGAGUGGCACUAGUCAGUUAACACCAAUGGCACCUGCCAAUUGUAAUGCUUUGAACCAUUCCGACCUGACUUCGUAGAGACUUUGUAGGGUCAAUGUUUUGAUGCAGAGAAACUGGAGCUACUUGUUUGGCAAGUGGUGGGAAUCGUUGGUUACAAUUUUCGAACAAUGGAGGGCGUGGUCGAUCACGUGACCGAAUAAUUUAAAUUUAUUUUUUCAAGUUUUAAAGUUUAGUUUACCUCACCAUAUAUCGUCCCUUGUGGAUGUCUUUAACCAUAGUUUUUAGAAACUGUACAUAAAAACCAUAAAUGACUUAGACCCGGGCCUUAAUCUACCUGAGGA